AUGGAUUUCGACAGCAAAAAGAAAGAGGAGGCGCACAAACAACGGAUACGGUAGACCAAAAAGGUCAGAAGGGACCAAUCAGCAGGUCUUCAGUUGGGAGCAGUGGAAGCGGGAACAGGCUGAGGCUGAACAUCGCGGUCUCGAGUUCAAGUCGUACUGGGAGCGGCGCCACGAGGAAGACCGCGAGCUAUGGCGACGAAAGGUCAUCUUCAGUAAUUAACCAUUUUUGCGUUUAAUGUUGAGUGGUGUUAAGGAGGAACUCUUUUUAAAGUAGAAUGAGAACCAAGUUUGUGUUCGUCUGACAGGUGAGAAUAAAAGAAAGAGCUCAUUUUCUUGGGACAGUCAUUCAGAAAACCGCAAACCCGCGUAUUCUCUCUGUGAUUGAAACUUUUUGGUUUUUUUCUAGUUUUAAAUUUUCGUGAAAAAUUCUCACAAAAGGAAAAACAGAGAUCACGCAAAAAAAUUUUUGAACUCUCAGCUCAAUUUUUUUGUUUAUAAAAUGAUUUGGUUGGAGUCUCGUCUGAAAGUAACGCAAAAAGCUCAAAAAAACCCGUUUCCAGUUUUUCUUUCUGAAUGAGAAUUUCGACGACACGACUCUCUCUGUGCAAACUUUCGAGUCAGGAAAUAAGUGUGUCUUUUAAAAUAUGAAUAUUUCUGCUUGACGGAAGUUAAAACACUUUACAAUAUUUUCCGGAACACAAUAUUUCAAUCGUCUCCAUAGUUCAAUUUUUUAGAAACACUCUCAAUUUUUGUAGAACGCUCCAUUAGAUGGAGGCAUAAAACUUGGCGAUAUUUCAAAGGCGGUGUGAACUUUCGGCGCCGCCGUUUGUCCUCGCCGUCUCAGACAGAUAACGACCAUAUGAGUUAUGAGAUUUCGCGUGUCUAGACGUUUUUAUGGAUCCUUUUUAUUCCUCCGAUGGGUGGUCGGCAUUUUCUCAACAUAUUUCAAACCAACUGACGCUAUGAACAUUUUUUUAAAUGUAGUCAGUUGUAGCCGUUUACGCUGAGACGCAAGUUAUGUAUAGAUUUAUGAACUCGAGCCAGUAAGGUACUGGAUGAAAAAUUUGCGUUGAAGGAUUUCGCUAAUGCUGUCGACAAAGUCAGCCGCGGAGGUUACAAAGGAAAGCAUGGAAACUACGAUAUUCCGGGUAAGUUGAAAAGUUUCAUCCCACUUUUCGCAGUAUCCAAAUAGGGGAACGAUUUUCAGAAGGGGCCAGAUCGGAACUCUUCGCUCUGUUCAUGCAGGUCACAGUCGGCGAUUACGGUAACCUAGUUGGGAGACACGACGGCAAAAGAUUUCAGACGGGAACGUGUCACUCUCUUGCUGCGAACUUUGGAAGAAGCUGCGUGGAACGCCGAGAAGUGACGCGACGCGGGAAUUCGUCAAGCUCACCAACAAGGUGCUCACCAAGUACGGCUGGAACCCGCCGCCAGGCUGGGUUUGA